CCAAUAACAAAUAACUACGAUACCUUCCAACUAGAGAAAUCUAGAAAAUUUGUGAAUGACGUGUCGAUUUAUCUUUGGGUGUUUAUUUGGUACUAAUUUAAUAAUUUUCAACCCAGUUACCAAAUUUCAGUCGAAGUGAAAUAAACUUGUGUAAAGUGAAGUGUAUAAUAAUUGUUAAAAAAACUAGAAUUGUGUUUCAAUAAGAAGAAAAAGUUGCGAAUCGAGAUAAAAAUAUCAUUUUCAUUAUGGCGACAGCGUCAGUCCAUUCAUUCCUAAAUUCAUUUAACUCCAAAUUGGAACAACCGGUGAGGCAACAUCUUAAAAAUGUGUACGCCUGUCUUGCAAUGUCAACAAUGGCUGCAGCUUUGGGCGCUGCAGUCCACCUUUUCACGAAUAUCAUACAGGCAGGGUUUUUAUCAGCAAUAGGAGCUCUAGUGUUCUUUUUCCUUUUAAUGAGCACCCCUGACGAUAACGGCAAAUCCAUGCCUACAAGAGUCGGUUAUCUCCUUGGUUUCACUUUCCUUACCGGCGUAGGUUUAGGUCCUCUCUUAGAACACGUCAUAAUAAUAGAUCCGAGCAUUAUAAUAACUGCUUUUGUCGCUACAUCGGCAGUUUUUCUUUGUUUCUCCAUCUGCGCCAUGUUGUCCGAAAGGGGAAAGUGGUUGUACCUAGGCGGUACUUUGAUGACGAUGUUAACUACCCUCAUGGUGCUUUCGCUAGCUAAUAUUUUCUUUGGAGCUAAAUGGAUCUACCAGACUCAAUUAUAUUUGGGAUUGUUGGCCAUGUGCGGAUUCGUACUCUUCGAUACCCAGAUGAUUAUUGAAAAACGUAGAUUGGGAAGCAGGGAUUUCGUCGCUCAUUCGCUGGAUCUAUUCGUCGACUUUAUCGGGAUCUUCAGAAGAUUGGUCAUCAUCUUAACUCAGAAGGUAAUUGAUGAAAGGUAUAUUUUUUUCCCAUUCCAGUUACCCGAUUUCCUUUUUUUUUUCUCCUAAUAAAUUUUCAAGGUUUAAUCAAAAUUUCAAAUAAAAACUUUUAUUAUUAUACUUUAAUUGUAUACUUUGAAAUUAGAGAUAAGAAAUUUCGCUGUUUGUUGAAUAUUAUCGCGAAUUCAUUGUUUUUAAGUGUUUUUUUCAGCGUAAUUUGAAUUUUUGAAUAAUAGUUUUGAAUAUUCUUAUCAGCUUUGACGUUUUAUUCAAAUAUUUUAAUCAUUUACUAACAAUUUUAUAUUAUUUCAUAAAUUUUUUGAGAAAUUGUAUUUUUUUCAUAUUAUAAAAAAAUUGAUAGAGAUAGUUUUAUCACAUUAUUCAUCAAAAAUUAAUAUUGAAUCAAUAUGAUAUAGGAGGGCGAGUUAGUAUCAAGAUCUGUUCUAUAAAUAUCAUCAUCUCGUAUAUAUUGUAGUAGGUUAGGUCAUUCUUCUUUCCAUUAUGUCUUGGCCUUUUUCUAUAUGAGUGUUAUUUAACCUAAAAAGAUAUAACGAGUAGUGCUAGUAGAUACGAGGGAUAGAAAAUAAAUUAGAGAUGAAUAAAAUUUUGUUGUUUUAGGAACAGGAAUCGCGGAAGAAACGCAAGGACUGAGGACGAUUGAACGAAAGCGAAAAAUUCAAUAGAGGGAUAAAUGUGGAUGAGGGGGGGACUUAAUUGUGAUAUAAAAAUAUGAUUUAUGUCAAUAAAUAAUCAUCGCUUGAGUUCCAAUAAAAUAUUUUGUUUGUGUUGGCGUGUGUGUAUUAAUUAUUAUUAUGUAAGUUGUGUAUGUUAUUAUAAUUUAUUUUAAUAAAAUUUUUCGUUUUUCUAAUGACA